CUUGGACACAGAAUUGAAAGUUUUGGCACAUUCGACGGGUCUUUUUUCCGCAGAGAGAGAGAACUCUCAUGGACUCUUUCAGCUCUAUAUGUCUCUCGUUAAAACCUCCAAAACCCUAAUCACUCCAACAAUCUGGUUUCGAUCUUCAUUCUUUUCAAUUCAAAUUUCAUUUCACUCAUCUCUGAAAUUCACUCUAUCUGAAAUUCUCAAACUAUAUAUAUACACAUACGAAUUUAAAGCAAUGCCUGGUUCUGGAGGCUUCGCCGUGUCUCGAGCCCACGGCGGAGACCGAUUCUACAACCCUCCGGCGAUUCGGCGCCACCACCAGCAGUUGUUGCUGCAGCAGCAGCAGUUAAAUUGGCAACACCGUCGGCUUCCGAGGCCGGUGAAGCCGCCGGUGGUGGCGGCGGUGGAGGCGGAGAAUCGGACUGACUCGGACGAUUCGAUGACGACAUUGUUGAAACCGCCUUCAGUCUCUUUGUUUUCCAUUCCCAGACCGCUGACGAACGUGACUAACUUGGAUCGUCUGGUGGAAUCUGUUACUCCCUUCGUUCCCGCUCAGUACUUCUCCGAGGCGAAUGUAAUGGGUUGGAGGAGUCGGGAAUCUGAGUUGCACCCAUACUAUUGCCUUGAAGAUCUUUGGGAAUCUUUCAGUGAGUGGAGUGUAUAUGGAGUGGGAGUGCCUUUGUUGUUGAAUGGGAAAGACCGAAUUAUACAGUAUUAUGUUCCAUUUUUGUCAGGUAUACAGUUGUAUGUAGACUCGCUGAAGUCCCCUUCGAGGCUUAGGAGACCUGGUGAGGAGAGUGAUGCCGAGUCUUCAAGGGAGACUAGUAGUGGUGGUAGCAGUGACUGUGAAGCAGAUAGACGGGCCAAAUAUGUUGUAGAUGGGUCGCGGAGUCAGCAGAACCUCAUGAACUUGAACUCUCAGAGAAUGAACAGAAUCUCAUUAAGGGAUAAAUCUCUCAUGAGCUCAUCCAGUGAUGAAGCAGAGAUCUGCAAUUCACCUGGGAUGCUCUUAUUUGAGUAUUUGGAGCAAGAACAACCAUAUAAUCGCAAACCUCUAAUUGAUAAGGUUUCAAUUCUUGUGUCUCAGUUUGAAGAUCUCAGGUUGUACAGGAGCUGUGAUUUACUGCCUACAAGUUGGAUUUCCGUGGCUUGGUAUCCGAUAUAUAGGAUUCCUAUGGGCCCAACACUACGGGAUCUGGAUGCAUCUUUCUUAACCUUCCAUUCUUUGUCAACACACUCUAGAAGCAACAGUCAUCUGUGGCUUCAUGGUGCAAGUGGUAGGAAGGUACAUGGUGGUGUUGAUUCUUCUUCAAAGAUUUCUCUGCCAGUCUUUGGCCUCGCUUGUUACAAGUUAGUAGGUUCAAUUUUGACUCCAAGUGGACCCCACGAGUGCCAGCAAGAAAAUUCUCUGUUGCAUGCUGCUGACAAUUGGCUCCGCCAUUUGCAAGUUGUUCUUCCUGAUUACCAGUUUUUCCGUUCUCACUAUGCACCAUGGAGAUGAUGGUGGUGAUGAAGUGCCUUUCAAUACCUUUGUUUCUCUUCCAGAUGGGGCAGAAAUAUAAGAUCAGUUUUGGGAUGAACAGUGUCAAAGCGGGCUUGCAAAGAAAACCUGACCCUCUUUGUCCACACAGAUUGUUUGAUUCUUGUGUAGUGUUGCUUAGGUUCUCUUAAAGUGUAGAGUUCACAGGAUUAGGGAAAAAAUGUUUGAUUUUAGGGCUGCUAUGCCAGUUGUUUUGUUGUUCCAAGUCAUGGCCUAAGGCUGCAAUCAUCAACCUGAAAAUUCAUAUGGCUUCUUUACUUGUUUUGUUGUGUAGGAGUGACUGAAGCUGUUGAUGAUCUAGAUAUAUUGGUAGAACCACCAAAUCUGUUUAGUUUAAUGUUCAGAGACUCUCGACAACUCUCUGUGAUAGUGAUGAAAAUUUGUACACUCUUGUUUGCACAUACACACCUAUACAAGUAGAUUUUAAAGCAGGGCCCUUAGUCCAGAAAUCUUUAUAAAUUUUGAUGGUACUGAAUUUGCAUGAUUGUUUCCAAA